GUUUCCAUCUUGACUAAAUUUAGUAAUGGAGGGUGUGUGCAGAUGUGUGUUGUGAAUUUCCUUAUCUAUGAAUAAUGAAACAUAAAUAGCGACCACUUAUCAUAAAAAAGUGCCAAAAUCAGAAUGGUUGUACACAUCACUUUACUCAUUGGGGCCCUUUUGGUCGGGAUUCAAGGACAGAUUCUACAGCAAUUUACACAGAAUCCGUGCGAUUCAAGGUCAACGUGCCAUGAGUGCAUCGCCACCCCCUCGUGCGCCUGGUGUUACGACACUGUAAAUAUAAACACCACCAAACGAUGCUUCCAACCCAGCUACCCCCUGCCCCCUCUCGACAAAUGCGACCCCUCGAAAAUCUACAACCCCGAUAACGAAAUGAUUAUUGUAUCCAACCGCGCCCUUUCCUCCCGUACCGAAGCCGAGGGUGGCACCCUCGUCACGGAGGAAGAACACAGCGGCGGGUUCCACGGCGGCGGCGGCGGCGGCACCAAUCAGGGGGGCGGCGCGUGGGAGAGCGGCGGCACAAUCACCCAAGUCAGACCCCAAAGAAUCAAACUUAAACUGCGAGCGAGACAGACGUACAGUGUCAACAUGUACUACACCCAAGCAGAGGAUUAUCCAGUCGAUUUGUACUACUUGAUGGACUUGAGUAAGUCCAUGGAGGACGAUAAGGAGAAGUUGUCGGCUUUGGGGGACCAUCUGGCCCAGACCAUGAGGAAUAUGACCUCGAAGUUUAUGCUAGGUUUUGGUAGUUUCGUCGAUAAGGUGGUCAUGCCCUACGUCAGCACCAUUCCAGAGAAGUUACGCCACCCAUGUACUGGCUGUGUCGCUCCCUACGGAUUUCGCAAUCACAUGACCCUCAGCACUAACACGACUUCGUUUUCACACAUGGUGAAACGAGCGUCGGUUUCGGGCAAUUUGGACGCCCCUGAGGGUGGUUUCGACGCCAUCAUGCAAGCCGUAGUGUGCCGUGAACAGAUCGGUUGGCGCCAUCAAGCUCGCCGCCUACUAGUUUUCUCAACAGACGCCGGCUUUCACUACGCCGGAGACGGAAAAUUGGGCGGGAUUGUGAAACCCAACGAUGGGCAGUGUCACUUGGACCAGCGAGGGUACUACACCAUGUCCUCCAAGCAGGAUUACCCCAGUAUCAGCCAGAUCAACACCUACGUGAAAAAGAACUCAAUUAAUGUGAUUUUUGCCGUCACAGCUGAAAAAAAAGAAAUCUACGAACAGUUGAAAGAGCACAUUGAGGGCUCUUCCUGUGGGCAAUUGUCAAACGAUUCGUCAAACGUCGUCGACUUGAUCACAGAACAGUACCAAGCGAUUUCGUCGGUUGUUGAAAUGAAACAUAACGCUUCGGGUUCGGUUGAUGUUCGCUUUUUCUCCAAAUGUUUGAACAGUAAAGGGCGCGAAAUUCAAACCAAUAAAUGUGGAAACAUCAAAGUUGGCAGUUUGGUACAAUUCCGGGUCCAACUCGAAGUCCUCAAGUGUCCCACCGAUCCCAGGGACACCAAACAACUCAUCCAGAUUUAUCCUGUGGGACUCAACGAGAGUUUGUUCAUUGAUUUGACCAUGCUGUGUGACUGUCCCUGCGAACAUGAGGGAUUCGAGAGAAAUUCGCCAAAAUGUCACAAUCACGGUACUUACAUGUGCGGGAUUUGCGACUGCAUCGAGCCCGCUUACGGCCCCUACUGCGAGUGCAACAAGGACGGCACUUCGGCCAACAUCUCCACCGCCAACUGCAUCAACCCCAAAAACGGGCUGGAGUGCAGCGGCCGCGGCAACUGCAUUUGCGGCAAGUGCGAAUGCGAGCAGCGCAACAACCCGGAAGAGGCAAUCAGUGGGGAGUUGUGCCAAUGCGACAACUUCUCCUGCGAGCGCCACAACGGCCUCAUCUGCAGCGGCCCCGAACACGGCACUUGCGUCUGCGGCGUCUGCGAAUGCAAAGAGGGUUGGAUGGGAGACAAUUGCGCCUGCAGGAAUGCCACCAAUUUGUGCAUUAAACCGGAUUCGGAGGACCCGACGCUGAUUUGUUCCGGGAAUGGGGAAUGCGAGUGCGGGAUUUGCAAGUGUCGGGAGACGGAUGAGGGGCGCUACUUCGGGAGGUUCUGCGAGCAUUGCCCCUUUAAGAACUGCUCCGACGAUUGCGAGAAAUACAGGGAGUGUGUGCAAUGUCAGCAGUACCAAACCGGGAAUUUGACCGAGGAGGAGUGCAGAAAGUGUCCCUUUACACCCACAUCGGCACGAGUUGUUGAAGUUGACGAGAAAAACGGCGAGGUUUUAUGCCCGUUUUACGACGAGGACGAUUGUCGCUUCUCCUUCGUCUACUACUUCGACGAGGAGAACAAAAUCCAGGUCCGGGCCCAGGAGGAGCGCGAAUGCCCCGCCACUGUCUUCCUCCUGGGGAUCGUCUUGGGGGUCAUCGCCGCCGUGGUGCUCCUCGGCAUGGCAGUCCUACUUUUAUGGAAGCUCUUCACGACGAUCCACGACCGGAGGGAGUUUGCCAAAUUCGAAAAGGAGGCCAUGAUGGCCAGAUGGGAUACGGGCGAAAAUCCCAUCUACAAGCAGGCAACCUCCACAUUCAAAAACCCUACAUAUGCCGGGAAGAGUUAGAUCUGAUUAUUUUUUAAAUUAUUUGUAAAUAGUAAUUAGUAAUCUCCUACUGCCACUUUUUUAUCGAUAGAUGGCGUGCCAUUUAUUAGUUUAGCUGUACUUAAGUCAGUUAGAUGUGAUUCACAUGAUUUUGCCUUAAAUCGAGCUGCCUUCAAAGAUGGGCCUUCUAGAUUCUAAGCGACUAAUUAAGAUAUAUUUUUUAGAUUUGUGUAUAUUAACGACUGUUAAUUAUUAUUAAUGGCUCUUAUAUUUCGUUUGACUUUUGUAUAAUAAAUUGUUUUAACCAA